AGCGUGAUCCUUGCACCUCUUCUGUGCCAAGUGCUAGUUAUUCAAUUCAGUGAAGGUAGACUGAGUUAAUAGGAAUAUUUGAAAUCUGUGAGUACUUUUCGAAAAACCUAGUUUCCCACAAUCCUCAGAGAGUUUCGUAGAAAUAAAAAAGAAGAACAACAGUCUAAAAUUCAAAUAACCAGAGCUCUAGGCGGUUACAUUCUAUUAUUAUUCUUGAAAAGCUUCACUAGCUACUAUGCUGCCAUGUUUAUAAAAUAGAAGCCCUCAAGUUCAGAAGCGAUAUUUGGGCUAGUAAAAAUGGCGGAUACCCCUACAGCUUCUGCCCCUGCCCCUGCUCCUGCCCCUGCCUUGAGGAUUCAGCUCCAUCAACACCAGCAUCAGCAGAGGCCUCCCAUCACCGUUUCCAGCCAUGCCGACAGAGACCGCGUACAGGAGGUAUUCAGAGAUGCGUUGUCAAAACCUGGACAUCCGUCAAGUUUUGCUGUUCAGGCAAUGCAAGAUGCAGUUAAACCUCAGAAACAAACUGUUCUUGUUCAAGAUGAAAAUCAGUUGUUAGAAAAUGGGUUGCGGACUCUGCUUCAGGAGUUAGUGGCUGCGGCAGUUGAGGCCGGAGAACCAGCCAUGCAACAUGGAGGGUCUAUCGUGGAGGGAGAAAAUAGUCGUGGACUUAUCCCGAGGCUUCUUGAUAUCGUGCUUUAUCUCUGUGAGCGAGGUCAUGUGGAGGGGGGCAUGAUAUUCCAGCUGCUAGAGGAUCUGACUGAAAUGUCAACAAUGAAAGACUGCAAAGAAGUUUUUGCAUAUAUUGAAAGCAAACAAGAUGUUUUGGGAAAGCAAGAGCUAUUUGGAAGAGGGAAGCUGGUCAUGCUUAGAACAUGCAAUCAACUCCUUCGGCGUCUAUCUAAGGCAAAUGAUGUUGUCUUCUGUGGUCGCAUUCUCAUGUUUCUUGCACACUUUUUCCCAUUGUCAGAGCGUUCGGCCCUCAACAUAAAAGGAAUAUUUAACACAUCUAAUGAGACAAAGUACGAAAAAGAACAUCCUCCUGAUGGAAUAUCUAUAGACUUCAAUUUCUACAAGACAUUCUGGAGUUUACAGGAAUACUUUUGCAAUCCUGCACCCAUGAUUUAUAAUCUUUCGAAGUGGCAUAAUUUCGCUGCAAGUUUAGCUACCGUGCUGGAUACUUUUGAGGCUCAACCUCUUGGUGAUGAUGAUGUAAAUGCAGAUGAUCUUGAAGAGAGAGAUGCAUCUGCGUUUAGUAUCAAAUAUCUAACUAGCAGUAAGCUAAUGAGUCUAGAAUUGAAAGAUCCUAGCUUCCGACGCCAUGUUCUUGUUCAGUGCUUAAUUAUUUUUGACUAUCUUAAGAGUCCAGGAAAAGCUGACAAAGAAGCUCCAAAGGAAAGUGUGAGAGAGGAAAUUAAGAUACAUGAAGACCGUGUGAAGAAACUUCUCCAGAUUAUCCCACCAAAAGGAAUUGAGUUUCUUGAUAGCAUUGAACACAUUCUAAAACGUGAGCAGAACUGGGUUUGGUGGAAACGUGAUGGAUGUGUAGCUUUUGAAAAGCAAAUACCGGAACGGAAAGUCACUCAAGAUGGUGUUAAGAAACGAAGGCCACGUUGGAGACUAGGAAAUAAGGAACUUUCACAGCUUUGGAAAUGGGCAGAGCAGAAUCCGAAUGCCCUGACAGAUCCACACCGAGUCCGUACGCCAUCUGUGACAGAUUACUGGAAACCUCUUGCUGAAGAUAUUGAUCCCAGUGCUGGAAUAGAGGCUGAGUAUCAUCAUAAAAACAACCGUGUUUAUUGCUGGAAAGGCCUGCGUUUUUCAGCACGUCAAGAUCUUGAGGGCUUUUCCAGGUACACAGAGCAUGGAAUUGAAGGUGUCGUUCCACCUGAGCUCCUGUCACCUGAAGUCCGAGUUAAAUACCAUGGAAAGACCACAGAGAAAUCUAAACGUGGUGCUAAAAAAGAAGAGGAAACAAAGGGAGCUUCUACUCAAAAUGAAGAAAAUCAGGCAAAUGGGAAGGUUGCAGAGCUGGAUGAUGGUGGAACUGCCCAAGAGAUAGAAGAUGUGCCAACACCAAUGGAUACAGAUGCUAUACCUACAGCAACUCAAAGCGGUGAUCCUACACCAGAAGAAAGUCAAAAACAGAGCUCUGACAUGGAAGCUGGUGCAGAAGGAUUGCAUUCGGAAGGCGGUAAUUCACCUAAUGCAACUAGUGCAGACCUAGAAGAGGUUGUUACCAGGGAUUCAAGUCCCCAAGAUACCGGUGUUUUGUUGAAUGAAGGAUCAAGCCCUAAGGUCGUUGACCAUAAACCAAAUCCCAAGAAACGCCCCUUACCUGACUCCUGAUCCUGUGUCAAAAUAUAUAUUUGAAGCAUCCUUUACCUAACUUCUGAUCGUUGGGGUCAAAAUGUAAAAUUUUGUCCACUUUAUGAUAUUUCAUUUUUGCUGGAUUUUUUAAUUUUAUUGUUAUUUUUGUUAAUUAUCAUGUUGAAUUAGAGCAUGAAACCAUUUAGUUUGUUCUAGAAGAUAAUUAUAUUAGUUAAAAAGCUCAGUAUUUUACAUAA